CAUUUUGUUUUUCCUUUUAUUUUAUUUUAAUAUCUUUCACUGCACAUUCCUUGUAUCACUCUUUCCACAUUCUGUAGACUUGUCUUCUCUUCUCGCUCUCUCUUCCUUCUCUCUGCAAAUUAAAGCUCGCUAAUUGUAUUCAUUAGAGUAUUGAUCAGAGGAAAAUAAGAACAAAAAAUAUCAAAUUCAAAGCAAAGAAAUGGUGGGUUGCGGGUUAUACAUAAAGAAGAAAACAGAUUGGCUCUCUACGCUUCUCCAAAGUGAGUUCUUUGGUUCUUGCUCUGAUCAUCAAGACCUCAGGAAAAGUGAGAAAAACGUGUUCUGCAUCGACUGUAGUCUUGAGUUUUGUAGGCAUUGUAAGGCUCACGGCCAUCAUCGGUCGCUUCAGAUCUGCAAAUAUGUCUAUCAAGAUGUCGUUCGCGUUCAAGAAAUGCAGAAGCAUCUUGACUGUUCCAAAAUUCAGACAUAUAAAAUCAAUGGUGAAAAAGCUGUGCAUCUGAAUCCUCGGCCCCAAGCCAAAGAUGCCAAACCAUCAACAAAAUCAAAAACCGGUGCUGCCUGUGAAGCUUGCGGAAGAUACCUUCAAGACCCGCCUAAUCGCUUUUGCUCCAUUGCAUGCAAGGUAUCAGCUGUUGAUGUGAAGCCUAAAGACCAAAGCGAUAAACUGGAAUUGCCAAUACAAGAAAUCCCUGAUCUUUCCCUGAAGGACAACCAAAAUUCAGAUAUAAGUACAGAAGAAGAAAAGCAAUCCUCAAUCUGUUCAACAGAUGUUUCCGAGGAGACUAAAACAUGGGUGAACACAAGUUUAAAGCCUAGGAAACGAGUGAACAAAAGGAAAGGCAUUCCUCAUAGAGCUCCUUUCUGUUAAUAAAUGCAGAAAUUUUGGUAGAUACUGCAGAAAGGGUACUUAAUAAAAUUUAUAGCUACAACAGUUGAUUAAGAAUGACACUGUUUCUAAUGAAGAAAGUCACUCAUCAAGGACUAGUCCUCGUUUUGGAAUUUAGUUGGGGUUAGUUGAGAGGGCAGACCCACAAUGUCAUGAGAGAAUGUGAUUUUUUUUUUUUAUUUGUUCCUUUGAGCAGAAUGUACAGCAUAAGAGCAAAGAGAUAAGUUGGUAUUGAAUUGCAGCAGUGGCUUUUAAUCUUUGUAUCUA